UCGUGGAGUGCUGGGAGGAGAGGGGGUUUGGUGUGGAAGCAGCAGAAAUGGCCAGCAAAGUGUUGGAUCUGUUAUACUGGCGGGAUGUGGGGACCACCGGGCUGGUGUUUACAGGUUUGGUUGUGGGUUUGGCUUGUUUGUUCCAGCUCAGUGCCAUCACGAUCCUGUCCAACCUCGGUUUGGGCAUUAUGGCCUUCACCCUCCCUGUACGCUUACUCUACAAAGCCAUGAAGCUUGUCCGCCUCAGUGAUGGAUCUCAUCCCUUUCAGUCAUAUUUGGAUGAGGACCGUACGCUGACAGAUGAGGACACAGUUCGCAUGGCGGAACAAAUGGUUCUGCUGAUUGCUACGGCUGUCACCGAGUUGAAGCGGCUGUUCUUCAUCGAUAGCAUCAUGGACUCAGUGAAGCUUGUUGUGUUCCUGUAUUUGUUGACUUAUGUGGGGGUCCAAGCCAAUGGUCUCACGCUGGUUAUGACAGGUGUGAUAUGUGCUUUCUCUCUGCCACUCUUAUACAGACUUCAACAGGCAAGGAUCGACAAGAUUGUCAAAGCCAUCAAAAAACUUGUGGAAAAAGUCACAGAAAUAGUUGAUCUUGUGAUUUCACUGGCCAAACCUCCACCAGCCCCAGCACCUUCCCCUGCCCCCACACCAAAACUUACGCUGCAGCUGUAGCCCUGCGAGUUCAGCAGGGUCGGGGGUUUGGGGGUUAUGAACGAGUGUUAUGUUUUAUACUACGUUUCUUAUGGUGCUAAGAGAAUCUUCAAUAGGUCUUCUGAAAGGAAUUAAACAACAGACUUCAGUCAAGAUUAGUCCAGUUGUAUGCUUAAUGAUGUAUUCAUUUAACUCAAACUUUCAAACUAUAUACAGUUGUGUAAUAUUUAUUAGUUCAUUUUGCCCAACAAGGCUUUUAUUCUACUGAUUUUCAUAGAAAAAUCGAACCUAGUGGCAGCUGCGAGUAUGUUUUUGUCCACUAGAGGGUACAAUGACACCAUAUAAUCACAGCAGUUCUGGGUCAGGACAGAAUGUUGCAGAAAUUCUGUCAUGUAAAUUUGUUUAAAAUUUUCUAAAAUUACAAUUACCAAUAGGAUCAUGCUCGUAAUUUGGGUUUUAAUAUUUAAUACUGAAUG